AUCGAAAUCAAUUGAAAAUCAGAGAGGGGUGGCUAAGUUAACGGAGCAUCAGUUAUUGCUGGAGUUGAAAAACUGCUGGCUUCUUAGGAGUAAUUUUUGUUUUGGGCCAUCAAAAAAGUUCGAGUAUCAACUAAUCUUAUUAUUGGGUGCUAAGAAUGGGGAAGAGAGGUACACCUCUGUCACUGAUUGAAAUUCCCGAGGAGCUACAAAUUGAAAUCUUCUUGAAGCUUCCGGUUAAAUCUCUACUGUCAUGUAAGUGUGUUUGUAAGCACUUUCAUUCUGUAAUUGAAAACCCUAAUUUCGUGCGCACCCAUCUCACUACAAUUAAUAAUAAUCACUCUGAUUCUCAAUCCCUGGUUUUGCUACACUAUGGCUAUCAGUCUUACACACAUCGUUUUGCUCAGUUGGAGCAUUAUUUAUUAUCAAUUGAUAUUAACAACACAAAGGAAGUCAUCUCUUAUUCACCCCUUAGCCCCCCUAUUCCAUUGAUCAAAGAGAGUUAUCGCACUUUUGUCGUUGGUUCUUGCAACGGUUUGAUAUGUGUUGCUGUUUGGUUUAGUAGGAAUGAUAAAUAUUGUAAUCAGAAUACCCCUGAUUUCUCGUUACUAUUAUGGAAUCCAGUUAUUAGGCAAUGUCGAUAUCUACCUAAGCAUCAAUCUAUAUGUAGACCCGAGGUUUUUGAAUUUGGGUUUAUCCCCGAAACUAAUGAUUAUGUCGUUGUAAAAGUUGGAUCUCCGGGAUUUGACAUUGAGGUCUACAAGAUGAGCACGGAUUCUUGGACAACUAUUGAUUGCAACUUGUUUAAUGGAUCGCGGAAUAUUCCAACUGUUUUUCGAGUUCAAAGUCCCGUCUUUCUAAAUGGAUCUUUUCAUUGGGCAGUCAAAAAAAGCAAACCAAACUCAUACAAUGAUACUACCUGUAACUAUAUUGUGUACUACAAACUUAAAGACGAGGAGGUUGGAGUGAUGAACGUGUUUGACGAUGAUCGUGCGAUUCUUGAUGUAGUGGUGGAUGAAUGGAGAUUUUCCACUCGAUAUAAACUUUCGGUAAUGGAUGAAAAAUUAGCUAUGAUAUUUUGGAACGGGGAACAAGGUAAUAUAUUUGAAAUAUGGGUAAUGAAUGAUUACGGUGUUGGUAAUGAUUGGUCUCGACGGUUUCAGAUUAGUGAAACUUUCAGUGAUUAUAUAUUUCCUUUGGGUUUUUGGACAAAAGGACUGAUGUUGAUUGACAAGACAUAUACUUCUAGGGAGCGUCUUCAAAAGAGCGAGGCCUUCUUUUAUGACCUAGAAACCAGCUCCUUGAAGAAAAUCCCGUUCAUGGGAACAACUUCUUGUUUAAAUGGUUUUUCAAGUUUUGUGGAAACUCUGGUUCCAGUGAGAUCCUUGCGAGUGGUGGAUGAUGCUGACAUACAUUGUGGUGAAUGGAAACUUUCAUCGAAAUGAAAGAUUAGGCGAUUAGCUAUGAUACGUUGGUGAGGGGAACGAGGUAAAUUAAUCAAAGUGUGGGUGAUGAAUGACUGCGAUAUUUAAGACUCCCGAACCUGACGAUUUCAAAUUGAUGAACUAUUCCAUGAUACAUAUUUCCCAUGGGGUUGGACAUCUAACUUGAGGUGGGGAUUUGAUGAGAGGGAGAUGGAUCUUUUUUUUUUUUUUUAUUAAUGUCAUUGAAACUAGGUUAAUAAGAAUCUUGUGGAAGAACUGCGUAGAUUAUAAUUUUCACAUUUUGUGGAAACUAAAGUUCAUGUUACAUAGUUAAUUUUUGUGUU